AUGUCAGAAGUAACCAACAGUAUAUCUGAAAGAAGAGUCAAAAGAGAUGAUAGUGGUUCUGCGAUAACCGAACCUAAUAAAGACUUAACCAAUUUAGUUCAUGAACAACAGAGAAAUUUAAUUAAAAAUCGCAGAAUAUAUAAACACAUCACAGAUGACACUAGCAUGAGUUAUCUGAAAGUUAUAGAAGACGAAGAUAAAGCAGUGACAGAUGAUGAUUUUAAUGAGAUCGUAGAAGAUUAUGACGGUGAAAUAGAUCUUAGGUUGGGUGCCGAAAAGGAAAAUGAUAACACAGCUCAGUCUAACAGCAAACCUUCACAGGGACAGGCGCAUCGAUCUCUUGGGAAUGAUUCAUACUUCCAGAAAAAUGUAGAAAAAGCUGAAAAGCUUUUAGAAGAACUCACACUACCAACUACUGAGCCUCCUGAUAUCUUCGACAAUAACCCCAGUUUCCUAACCAAACCUGAAUCAUCAAACAAUUAUCCAAGUCCUAACGAAAAAUUUUUCGCGUACAGUUCUUCUGUUAUAGAAAAGUUACCUUCCCUACAAUUUGGUUCUAAAUUCACAUAUGCUAUAACCAACCUACCAAAAUAUACAUACAGUUCACGUACCACUGGAAAGAUGUUAAACUGGCCACUGGACGAAGGCAAGGGUACGUGGUUCACGUGGAUCACCAUGUUCCCUACCACAACGUAUGCCACGAAGAGUACCAGAAGGACCCUCGGUCCAGACCCCCUCACCGCUUCUAUGACUACGCAAAUCACCUCAGAAGAGACGGAGUACAAUCCCGUGAAGGCUUGGUACGAAAAACAAAAAACUAAAAACAAAUAUGGUCGAUACACACAUUUGACUGCUGCUAAUGCUCAAGACAAAACUACAAUUAUAAAAUUACAAAAUGCAGUUAAAGAAUCUAGCCAAAAUUUGACUACAAUAGCCGAAAAGGAAUCGCAACCAACACCAAAAACCUUGUACACCCAAUCAGCGUUACCUUCGAGCACUCCAAAUGCCAUUAGGAAAAGUUUCACAUUCAACACUGAUGGAAUUCUAAAGUUAAAUCAGAAAAAGAAAAAAAAAACAGUCAGAAAUAAAAGACGGUCACAAAAAAAUUCGCCAACAGUAAGAAGGUUUUACGUUCCAAUGAUCGAGAACUUGAAAACUAAUGCCUCCAAGAUAAUGGCAUUUAACAAAAGUACGAAACAGUCUAAAAGGACAAGCCCACAACAUAAAAAGGUGGUAAAGACAAGGAGACCCUUGAAAAAAAAGAAAAGUGUGAGUUCUAACAAGAGAAUCAAGAAGAAGAAGGUAACUACGAGGUAUAAAAGUGCUGUUAGGGAUCUGAAGAGGAUCAGAAAUGGACAAAACAAAGGUAAAGAAUUGAAGUUAAGGCUACCUAGACCUAGAGUCAAACCUAAGACACGUCAAUCAACCUUGAAAAGACCAAAAGACAUGUCACGAGGUGGAAAGAAACCCAUUCGUAGAAUCUUGGAAACUGUAAGCAGUUCGAUGAAUGAGAAUACCAUGACAACAAUGUCAUUGGUGUAUAUCAGAACGUUGUCGAGGUAG